AUGCCGGAAGGCGAGCCAACGGCGGUCAGCGACCGCCUACGUCGGGCAUCCAUCUCCCUGGCGGGUGCCGUGGUCAAUUUCAAUCCGCAACCAGGAAUGUGGGCGGCCACUGGUACCGCCAUCGCACAUGCACCCACGCUGGCCGAGCUGCGCGAACCGGUCGCCGGCGGCAAGAACAUCGCCUUUGAUGUCCACGGCCACUCCAUGCGGAAGGUCACCCACGACAGCAACGGGGUGCCCAUCUUCGCUCCCGUCCAGUGGCAGAACGCGUCCGCCCCGGUCACCGACGAGCCCUCAGCACCACCGGCGACCUUAGUGGAGAGGGCGUCUGCGGUGACGACGGAUAAGCAUGACUGGGCGACGACGGCAAAGCAUGGAUGCACGGCCGCGUGGAAGUUCGUCUCGACGCCGACCGGUUUCUUCAUGACAUUGUACGGCCUCAACGUGGUCGCGUGGGGUGCGAUGCUCUUUUUUGUGCUGCUCGGCGCCGCGCCCGCCAUGAAUCAUCCGAGCAAAGACGCCCUCAACUCGCCGCGGAAGAAAUGGAUCGAAAUCGACAGCCAGAUCCUCAACGGGCUCUUCUGUGUCACGGGCUUAGGCCUCGCGCCCUGGCGAUUCCGGGACCUGUGGUGGUUGAUCCGGGCGCGGUUCUGGCACAGCCACUACGCGAUGAAGCGACUGAGCGGGCAGAACAAAGCGUGGUUUCGGCCCCCGGCUUGGUAUGGCGGGGACGAAGAGGGCGUCCCCCGCGUGACGUUUACGGGCCAGGUGGCCCCGCCCACGAGCUUGUGGAAGCUCUCUUUUGUGGUGUGGAUGAUGGUCUGGAACACCCUCUUCCAAGGCGCGCUGGCGGGAGUCAUGUGGGGAUACAACCGAUACAACCGGCCCGGUUGGACGACCGGCACCUUCGUCGGGCUCGGCUGCGCGGUGGCUCUUCUGGCCGGCCUGAUUAUGUGGUGGGAAGGGCGGAAGGUGAAGCAAAUUGAAGGGCCGAAAAUCGCAGUCGUGGACGCGGAGAAGGCAGAUCCUGUGGGAACGGAACCGUCCGAGGCGGGAUGA